UCCGAGUAAACCUCUCCAGGCUAGGACAAAGACACGACCUAAAACUUUGAUCAACACUAGGAGUGAUCCUUCUGGCAUGUUGUGCAAGCAAGUUGAACAUAAUGCUGAAGUGAGAACGUCUGAGAAUGUUGUGCCAAAGAGUUCACCAGAUGCUUUUCCAUACAAAAAGAGGAAGGUUGAAGAUGAAAAUCCAACCCUUAGUCCAAGUCGCGAAUUCCCAAUGGAGAAGGAGUUAGAUGAAAAGGGGGAAAAACUCAGGCAGGAUAAAGGAGUCAAUAGAUGCAGGAAGAUUACUGAGGUGACUAAAGGACCCAAUGCAGAUGCUGAGAGAUCAUUGCAUUCUUUUCCAUAUAAGAAGAGGAAGCUUGGAGAUGAGAAGUUGGUCACUAAUAGAAGAUCAGAUCCAGGGAAGAUCAAUAGGAGUUUGAGCAUUAGUCAACCUAACAAAUCCCUUAAGGACAAGGAAUUUGACAAGGAAGUGGCAAAAGUCAGACAGGACGAGAGCAGAGUCAAAACACCUGGGGGAGUUAUUGAGGUGACUGAAAGACCAGAUGCUGAAAGAAGGAGGUGGUUUAAGAAAACGGAUUGGGACCAAAGAUUGCGGGACGCACAGGAGAUGGGUACUCUGGUCUUGCUUAGUAAUCUGGAUCCAUCCUUUGCCUCCAUUGACGUAGAGAACAUAGUUUGGUCUGCUCUCCGAAUGAAGGUUGACGCAAGGAUAAUAGAACAGAGUGUGAAAUCCAAUGAUUACUAUGGUAGAGCACUGGUUAUUUUCAAGACAAAAGAUAAAGCUGAGUAUGCAAUGUCUGAGUUUAAUAGGAGAUGCCUUGUUCUUGGGGAUGGAAGGCAAUUCAUUCAUUGUUCUAUUUGUCUUGAUUGUAAUAAUGAUAAUAUCAUCUUAUUCUUCCUAAAGCAUACCCCUAAAACUCUGUCACUUGCAGGGUUGUCAGUGCCCGAAACGGAACUCUAACAGAACCCAACAAGCAACGCAAAUUCCAUGGUCAUUUGACCAUUGACAGAAUCCCACCUGAAAGGCUGCGCCCAGAAAUGAGAAAUGCAGUAUCAACAUCACAUUGUGCUCAAGCCAAUACAAUUGAAUAUGAGAUGGCUAGUGAUUGGCUCUUACAAUACAAGAAAUAUGAUGUCUCAUGGGAAGCAUUGUCUAAGAAACAAAGGAAAGAGAUAGAAGAUGUGAAGAACAAACUUAAACUGGACAGAAUUUUUGGUGAAACCUCCUAGCUAUUAACCAACUAACAAAUUUGAGUUUGACAGAACCAUGUUGUACUAAUCAUGUUUCUGCAGUACAAGAAAUUCUUCUUAGCAUACAGUGUUCACCAUUUUUUGUAGGGUCUAACCGAUUUGAUAUCAGCUAUAUGUUUUUUGGAUGGCGUGACACUACAUUCAUUGUUUUUUGAACAACUAAGUGUAAAUAUAUACACACACA